AUGUGCAACGUUACACCAGAAACAAUUUGUGAACCUCCCGUAUCGGUGACGCGAAGUGCCGCCAAACCGGCCGCCGAGAAGAUUCUUCUCAAAAAUCGGAACGUUGCGGGCUCGAUGAUGUGCCUUGCAACGGCUGGGCGACGUGAACAUAAUUCUGAUGACAGUGCAAUUGGAUCUGGCUCUUCUGAAAGUGGAGGAUCUCUCGCACAUGCGAAAGCGCUGGCAAGAGCUCGCGAAAACAUGCAAGCUCCAACAGUACCAAUGAAGUUUCUUCGAAGACGUUCCAUGUCACAGUUGACUUUGAAGCGAUUCAACUCCAUAGAGAACAUAGAUGUGGCUGCUUCGUGCUCCCAGUUGGCAAACCUUGAACUUAAUCGUGGACCGAUGAGUAUCCUGUCUCCACUGAAAUGA